CAGCAGUUUAUAAAUUACUAAAUACUUUUUGUCGAUAAAUCGGAAAAGAGAAAAAAAAUGAAGAUUUUUAUGAUUCUCACCGUCUGCUUUGCCGCAGUCUCCGCAAGCAGACUUUUCCAGUCCGAAUGGGAAGCGUGGAAAGGCGAACAUGGGAAAUCGUACUCGUACGAAGAAGAAAACAAAAGGCAAUAUAUCUGGGAAAAGAAUUUGAAGAAAGUUGUUGAUCAUAACAUGGAAGCAGAUAAUGGAAUCCAUACCUACAGACUUGGAAUGAAUCAGUUCGCUGAUAUGGACGAAGACGAAUGGCGAAGCCUUGUUCUCGGUCACGUGACUAGACCAGCCAAUCAGAUGAGUUACUGCAACAUGACGUAUGAAAUGAGCGAUCCAAGAGCUGAUGACACCGUUGAUUGGAGAACCAAAGGCUACGUCACACCCGUCAAGAACCAAUUGCAAUGCGGCUCUUGCUGGGCGUUCAGUACUACUGGGUCAAUCGAAGGCCAGCACUUCAAAAAGACCGGCAUGCUCGUUUCUCUCAGCGAACAGAACUUGAUAGACUGCAGCACCCCAGAAGGUGACCACGGCUGUCAUGGUGGACUAAUGGACAACGCCUUCAAAUACAUCGUCAUGAAUGGUGGUGUUGAUACGGAGUCCUCUUAUCCAUACAUGGCAAAGGACGAAACGAUGUGCAAAUUCAACAAAAUGAACAUCGGUGCCACCAUUACUGGAUGUGUCGACAUUGCUCACGGUGACGAGAUGUCUUUGAAGAGCGCUGUAAUGAGAGUCGGUCCAAUUUCUGUCGCCAUUGAUGCUGGACACUCUUCAUUCCAGUUGUAUAAAUCUGGCGUUUACACCAGCAUGGAAUGCAGCUCAACCAAGCUUGAUCAUGGUGUAUUGGCAGUUGGUUACGGUACUGAGAUGGGAAAAGACUACUGGCUGGUUAAGAACAGCUGGGGUGAAAUGUGGGGAAUGGAAGGCUACAUCAUGAUGGCGCGUAACUCCAACAACAUGUGCGGAAUUGCUACCCAAGCCAGCUAUCCGACUGUCUAAAAUGGACAAAAGAUGGCGGAGGGUUGACUCAAAUUGGACAUUUAAGAGCUUUUCUUAAUUCUUCACGAAACUGGUUGAAAAUUUUUAUCUAUUCCCCAUGGAUGGGCCGUAGAAAUAUCAAUUAUUUAUGUGCGGUUUAUCCUUGGCUGUUUUAAAUUUUUUACUAGCUAAAUUUGCUGCUCAUAUUUUGAUAAUUAUAAUUGUUUUGAACUUUUUUUUGAAAUUUUUGAUGGCAUUCCUACCUAUUACAGUGUUACUGAAAUGAUUUAAUAAGUAUAUUCAUUUUCCGAGAAAUUAUAUUUUCAAGAUUAUUUUGUGCUUACCUAAAAACAGAAAAGGUAGAAUUUUAUUAUUUUUAUGAAAAAAUAGAAGUAAUAUAAAAUAAUCUUACAUUCAAUACUAUACGAUCAAAUAUCAGAUUAUUUUACGCUUUUUUCAAAAGUUUGUAAUCUAUUUUUUCAUUAAUAAAGCUAAAUCUUGCCUAGACACUGCUGAAAUACGGAAUUUUUACAUCAUUCUUGGGUUGUUCUUAUAUUAUUUAGCUUUAGCUGAUAAAUUGAAUAACAUGAAAAUGUUAGUAAAAAACGCGUUUUUAUGUAGUGUACUACCAACCUAAAGAUGGGAAUUACUGUAAAAUGUAGAAUGUAUAUUAGCGCGAAAAAUCGCGGAAAUGUACUUUCUCGGAAAUGGUGCAAUAACUCAAUAUUUCGUCUCCUAUGUGAUUAUUUUGCUGUUUAGUAAAAUUGAUGUUUUAUGCUUGUAAAUAUUUAAUGAAAAUCGAAUAUACGAUCGUUUUAUUAUAUUUCUUUUCGUUUUAUUAUAU